AUGGGCUCCGUGGCGAAGAUGAUGGAUCCUCUGGGGAAAGCCCUGCGCAGGCUGGGAGGCCCGCCUGUCAUCCUGGGCGCUUGGAGACCUUUUCCCUUUCCCUCUUGCUGCUUCUCCUCCUUCCUGGAUGUGAACAGCUGGCUGCUCUUCUAUGGGUUGCUGUACCUGGUGCUCUAUGCUCAGGUCUCCGAGUCGAAGGCUUGUGAAAGGACCUCCUGCUUUUCGGGCCGGUGUGCCAAUUCCACCUGCCUCUGUGACCAAGGCUGGGUAGGAGACCAGUGCCAGCACUGCCAAGGCAGGUUCAAGUUAACUGAGCCUUCUGGAUACUUAACAGAUGGACCAAUAAAUUAUAAAUACAAAACUAAAUGUACAUGGUUAAUUGAAGGAUAUCCUAAUUCAGUUUUAAGAUUAAGAUUUAAUCAUUUUGCCACAGAAUGUAGUUGGGACCAUAUGUAUGUUUAUGAUGGAGAUUCAAUAUAUGCACCUUUAAUAGCUGUAUUUAGUGGUCUUAUAGUUCCUGAAGUUCGUGGAAAUGAAACUGUUCCUGAAGUGGUUACUACAUCUGGUUAUGCGUUGCUACACUUUUUUAGUGAUGCUGCUUAUAAUCUAACAGGAUUUAAUAUUUUUUACUCAAUUAAUUCAUGUCCCAAUAAUUGCUCGGGGCAUGGAAAGUGCACAACUAGCAACUCCAUUCCAAGCCGGGUAUAUUGUGAAUGUGACAAGUAUUGGAAGGGAGAAGCCUGUGAUAUUCCUUACUGUAAAGCUAACUGUGGGAGUCCUGAUCAUGGCUACUGUGAUCUGACGGGAGAAAAACUGUGCGUGUGUAAUGACAGUUGGCAAGGUCCUGAUUGUUCUUUGAAUGUUCCUUCCAUGGAGUCAUUUUGGAUACUACCCAAUGUGAAGCCUUUUAGCCCAUCUGUAGGUCGGGCUUCCCAUAAGGCAGUUCUACAUGGAAAGUUUAUGUGGGUGAUUGGUGGAUAUGCAUUUAAUUACAGUACAUUCCAAAUGGUAUUAAAUUAUAACUUGGAAAGCAGCAUAUGGAAUGUAGUACCUGUAUUGAAAGGACCUCUUCAGAGAUAUGGACAUACUAUUGCAUUAUAUCAGGAUGACAUUUACAUGUAUGGAGGCAAAAUUGAAACAAAUACUGGGAAUGUCACUGAUGAAUUAUGGAUUUUCAACAUACCCAGUCAGACCUGGACUACCAGAAUUCCAGCAGUACUUGUUCACGGCCAGCAAUAUGCAGUUGAAGGUCAUUCUGCGCACAUUGUGGAGCUGGAUAGCAAGGACGUUGUCAUGAUUGUGAUUUUUGGUUACUCUGUAAUAUAUGGCUACACAAGCAGUGUUCAAGAGUACUAUAUUAGAUCAAAUUCUUGGCUUGUGCCAGAAACAAAAGGGGCAAUUGUGCAAGGUGGAUAUGGCCAUACUAGCGUCUAUGAUGAUACAACAACAUCUAUUUAUGUUCAUGGUGGAUACAAAGCAUUGCCUGGUAAUAAAUAUGGAUUGGUUGAUGAUCUUUAUAAAUAUGAAGUCAACAGUCGGACAUGGACAAUUUUGAAAGAGAGUGGUUUUGCAAGGUAUCUCCAUUCAGCUGUCUUAAUCAGUGGAGCUAUGCUAAUUUUUGGUGGAAACACUCAUAACGAUACUUCUCUGAGUAAUGGUGCAAAAUGUUUUUCUGCUGAUUUCCUGGCUUAUGAUAUAGCUUGUGAUGAAUGGAAAAUUCUUCCCAAACCUAAUCUUCAUCGUGAUGUAAACAGAUUUGGUCACUCAGCAGUUGUCAGCAAUGGGUCUAUGUAUAUAUUUGGAGGCUUUUCAAGUGUUUUGCUAAAUGACAUCCUUGUGUACAAACCUCCCAACUGUGAAGCAUUCAGAGAUGAAGCGCUUUGUAAAAAUGCUGGACCUGGAUUAAGGUGUUUAUGGAACAAAAAUCACUGCAUGGCAUGGGAAUCUGGCCAUAUUAAUAGCAUUCUUAGGGCAAAGUGUCCCAGAAAAACAGCUGCAGCAGAUGACAGAUGUUACAGAUAUGCAGACUGCGCCAGCUGUACUGCCAAUACAAAUGGCUGUCAAUGGUGCGAUGACAAGAAGUGCAUUUCGGCAAACAGUAACUGCAGUGUGUCAGUAAAAAACUACACCAAAUGCCAUGUGAGAAACGAACAAAUCUGUAAUAAGCUGACUAGUUGUAAAAGUUGUUCACUAAAUCUCAACUGCCAGUGGGACCAGCGACAGCAAGAAUGCCAAGCUUUGCCAGCUCAUCUGUGUGGAGAAGGAUGGAAUCACAUUGGAGAUGCCUGCCUCCGUAUAAACUCCAGUCGUGAAAACUAUGACAAUGCGAGACUUUACUGCUAUGGCUUAAAUGGGAUUCUUGCAUCAUUAACAACCUCAAAGGAAGUUGAGUUUGUUUUGGAUGAAAUACAGAAAUAUACUCUCCAGAAAAUAUCACCUUGGGUAGGGUUACGCAAGAUCAACAUCUCCUACUGGGGAUGGGAUGAUAUGUCUCCCUUUACAAACACUACAUUGCAGUGGCUUCCAGGAGAACCAAAUGACUCUGGAUUCUGUGCUUAUCUCGAACGGGCAGAAAUAGCCGGUCUGAAAGCAAACCCAUGUACAGCCAUGGCUGAUGGCCUUGUAUGUGAGAAGCCUGUUGUUAGUCCAAAUCAAAAUGCUAGGCCCUGCAAAAAGCCCUGUUCUCUCAGGACAACAUGCUCCAACUGUACAAGCAGUGGUAUGGAGUGCAUGUGGUGUAGCAGUACAAAACGAUGUGUUGACUCAAAUGCCUACAUCAUCUCCUUUCCAUAUGGACAGUGCCUGGAGUGGCAGACCACCACCUGCUCUCCUCAGAACUGCUCUGGAAUGAGGACUUGUGGACAGUGUCUGGAACACCCAGGAUGUGGCUGGUGCAAUGACCCUAGCAACACAGGCAAAGGCCAUUGCGUGGAAGGGUCUUCAAGGGGUCCAAUGAAGUUCACUGGGGUACAUUCUGCUGAAAUGGUCCUUGACAACAAUCUUUGUCCCAAAGAGAAAAAUUAUGAAUGGUCCUUUAUCCAGUGUCCAGCUUGCCAGUGUAAUGGACAUAGCACUUGUGUUAAUGGUAAUGUUUGUGAUCAGUGCAAAAACCUAACUACAGGAAAACAGUGUGAAACAUGCAUGCCAGGCUACUAUGGGGACCCAACAAAUGGAGGGCAAUGUACAUCUUGCACCUGCAGUGGGCAUGCAAAUAUUUGUCACAUGCAAACAGGAAAAUGCUUCUGUACAACUAAAGGGAUCAAAGGAGACCAGUGUCAACUCUGUGACUCAGAAAACAGGUACCUCGGCAAUCCACUCAGGGGAACAUGUUACUAUAGCUUGCUGAUUGACUAUCAGUUUACCUUCAGUUUAUUACAAGAGGACGAUCGCCAUCACACCGCCAUAAACUUCAUUGCAAAUCCUGAACAGUCAAACAAAAACUUGGACAUAUCAAUUAAUGCGUCAAACAACUUUAACCUGAAUAUCACUUGGUCUAUUGGUUCUACAGCUGGAACGAUAUCUGGAGAAGAGAUUCCUGUAAUUUCAAAAGCUAAUAUCAAGGAGUACAGAGAUAGCUUUUCCUGUGAAAAAUUCAACUUUAGGAGCAACCCAAAUAUCACUUUCUAUGUAUAUGUCAGCAAUUUUUCAUGGCCAAUCAAAAUACAGAUUGCAUUUUCACAGCACAAUACCAUCAUGGAUCUGGUGCAGUUCUUUGUCACUUUCUUCAGUUGUUUCUUGUCACUGCUGUUGGUGGCUGCUGUGGUCUGGAAAAUCAAACAAACCUGCUGGGCUUCUCGGCGAAGAGAGCAACUUAUGCGGGAACGACAGCAGAUGGCCAGCCGUCCCUUUGCUUCCGUGGAUGUGGCGCUGGAAGUAGGAGCUGAACAAACAGAUUUUCUACGAGGGCCGUUAGAGGGUUCUCCUAAACCAAUUGCUAUUGAGCCUUGCUCCGGAAAUAAAGCCGCAGUACUGACUGUGUUUUUAUGCCUGCCGAGAGGAUCAUCAGGAGUCCCACCACCUGGUCAGUCAGGGCUCGCGAUUGCAAGUGCACUGAUAGACAUUUCACAACAGAAGCCCUCAGAGUGUAAAGAUAAGAGUUCGGGAGUCAGAAAUAGAAAACAUCACCUUUCAACACGUCAAGGAACUUGCGUCUGAGAUCAAGAGAAUGCAUUUGUACAUUCUGUAAUUUUUUUUCUUUUUUAAUGAGCUUCCAUUGUAAGCUAAACUACAGCCUCUGUUUUUGUGGAGGCAACCUCUGGAUGAUGGUACAGAUGAUGGUCAGAAGCACGAGGCCCUG